CUUCUCGGCUAUCUGUUAGCUGUUGCUAUGGAGCCGGCUAGCUGUUAGCUGUUGCUAUGGAGACAGAAUGCAUUGCGACCGUAAGCCCUUGCGCCUGCGCAAUCUUAACUUUAGCAAUGCACUGUGGGAUUGGCGUGUAUUGACAUAGCAACCGGGCCGAGAAGCCGACUCCAACUAUAUCUGCUCGGAGUAGGUUUUGCUUCAGUUUCCUUCGCUCAAAGUGCCGCGCUGCGUUUUCCACCGCUGCAAUGAACGCGGCGGUGGUGAAAAAGACCCAGGACACACUGGGAAAAGUGAUAAAGAAACCCCCGCUGACGGAGAAACUACUGAGCAGGCCGCCGUUUCGAUACCUUCACGACAUCUUCAGCGAGGUCAUCAGAACCACUGGUUUCAUGAAAGGAUUGUAUGAAGAAAAAGAAAUGAAGUCAGAUAACGUCAAGGAUAAAGACUCUAAAAUAGCUUUUCUUCAGAAAGCAAUAGAUGUAGUGAUGUUGGUGUCUGGGGAGCCUCUGGCAGCAAAACCUGCACGAAUUAUUGCCGGCCACGAGCCUGAGAGAACCAACGAGCUGCUUCAGGCCCUCGCUAAAUGCUGCCUCAACAAGUUGUCGAGUGAUGAGGCAGUGAAACGAGUUCUUUCAGGGGAAAACGUCGACUUAAAGACCAAAACCAGCACCUCUAGGUCUCAGGGGAAGGAAAAAAGGGAGGGAAGAGAACGGCAGCCAGAUAAGGAAGAAAAGAAGAAGAUUGAGCGCAGUGGCAGCCGGGAACAAAAGGAUCCCAAACAGCCUAAAGACCAGGAGAGCCGACACAGAGACAAAGAAGAUCAGCGUGACCACGAGCGCGCAGAAAGGCAUCACCGCAGUGAGCAGGAACAUCAGACUAAAGACCGCGAUAAGGACAAGGAGCGAGAGCGAGACAAGGAUCGAGACAAGGGACGUGUCAGGGACAAGGAGAAAGGCCGAGAACUGGACAGAGACAAGGAGAAGACCAGAGAGAGGGAUUCUCACAGAGACAAAGGCAAAGACAGGAAUGAAAAAAACCGAAGUGGAGAUAGAGGAAAUGUUAAGGCCAGAGAAUCAGAGGAACCUCAGCAGAAACCCCCUCCUGAGGAGCAGAGCACCAAAACCGCCAAACCUAUGCCAGCAGAUCUAAAAGGUGUUGAAGAGCUCACAGAUGUAGUUGAGAACCAGUCUGGUAGUCCAGCAAGGAUACCCAGACCCUCAUCUGCCAAAGGCCAGAGAAGGAAACCUAAAGCUGGUCAUGAUGAGUCGGACAGUGAAGGAGAUGGAGAGCUUCCACUAGCACAGAGACAUGUCCCUCAGGAGAAUGGAGACGCCAAUGCAGUGCCAUCAUCAGACCAGACUUCUGGACGAACAGCUCGACCCAGCAGCGCUCGCCCAGCACCUCCUCGAGUGAGGAGACAAACAAGCAGCGCCGAGGGGACCCCAGCUGAGAGGCUGUCCAGUGCCAAGCCCCCAGCUCUGAUUAUAAUGGAUGGGAAGAGAAUGUCAGAGGAAGAGGAGGGUGAAGAUGAGCAGUUCCUAGUGGUGGAAGCAGCACCUCCAGAUGCUCCUGAGAUGGAGAGAGAACCUGCACCAGAACUCGACACAGAUGAAAAACAUGGCGGACUUGUAAAGAAGAUCCUUGAGACCAAGAAAGACUACGAAGCGUCUCCGUCCUCACUGAAAUCUAAAGAACAGAGCUCGGCGUCCGAAACGGCAAGUUAUAAAGAGCGGGAGCUCGUGACGAGGGAGAUAGAGCGGCUUCGCUCCUCCAUUCAGAUGGUGUGCCGGAGUUCUUUACCUCUAGGAAAGAUCAUGGACUACAUCCAGGAGGACGUGGAUGCCAUGCAGGCUGAGCUGCAGAGCUGGCGGCGGGAGAAUGAGGAGCAUGCACAGGCCUUGUUGCAGGAGCAGAGAGAAACAGACCGGGCCGUGGAGCCUCUAAAAGCCGAGCUAGCUGAGCUGGAACAACUUAUUAAGGACCAUCAGGAUAAGAUAUGUGCUGUGAAGUCCAACAUACUGAAGAAGGAGGAGACCAUCCAGAAGAUGUUGACUGGGAUCAACUUCUCCUCCAGAACCUGACUGAAAAAAACUGAAUAUGCUCUGAGAGAGCUUUAGAGAGAGAAGUGGUCCGGCUCAUUCAGACUAAAGAGCUGCACUGUGCUCUAGAGACCCUGCUUUUAGGUUUCAGGUAACAGAAUUAAACAGAAUGAAUCAUCUGGCUGUUUUGGAAGUCGUGCCUUUGCUGGAUGGGUCCGUGCACAGAGUUAGUGUGGAUUGCUUGGCUGACGACACAUUCUACAACCAUACCUAACAAUGUCUGAUUAUCACUUCACUAACAAGUCAAGAAGAGCUUUCCUUUAAGGUGCUGGAAAAAUAAAAUAAACAUCAACUGUUUAUAGGAUUUUUAAAAUUAUCUAAAUUCGUCUACAUAAAGAGAGAUGUUCAUCUGACUAAAGCUUCAACUGUGUUCAGGAUGUAGGAGGAAGGUCCAGUUAGUGUAUCUUCCUGCCAUUCUUUAUUAUAGCACCUUUAUUUACUCCUUCAG